GACUCGACAGUCAGCAAUACGUUGGCGAAUUUCUGGUGCGGGAGAAGAUCGUGCAUAUGCGGAAUGAUGACGGAAUUUGGGACACUCAACCCCUCAGGAUCUCGGCUGUGACCCAGUAAGCCAGAGACAACUAGAAUAUCGCUGGUGGCUGCCCUAAUGUCUUACAAUGCAUUGAUUGUGGAUAGCAUCAGCGAGCAAAAUGAUUGGAGAUAUUGUUGGUUCGUUCUCAUUAUUCACCAUCGUCGCGGGUUGCGUGAUCGUACUUGCUGUUCGCCUCUUGUACAACAAGUAUGGGACGGGUCUACAGCAUGUUCCAGGCCCGUUUCUGGCAGGCUUCACUGAUUUCUACCGCUUGUUUGUGACUUGGGGUCGGCGUCCCCAGCAGUGGCAUAUCCGCCUGCACCAGCAAUAUGGCGAUUUAGUGCGCUUGGGGCCUCGUACAGUUUCGUGCGCAAGCAACAAAGCAGCGAAGAAGAUAUACGCACUCAAUGCUGGCUUCAUAAAGUCUGAUUUCUACCUGGUGCAACAGACUCUUUCUAAUGGCGUUGCUCUAAAGACCUUGUUUACUUCAACAGAUGAAGCCUUCCACGCGAAGUUGCGGCGAGCUGUCAACAAUGCAUAUGCCAUGACUUCGUUGGUACAAUUUGAGCCGCUUGUAGAUUCUACUACGAGUGAAUUCCUAGCGCAGAUGGAGGAGAGAUAUGCGAAUAGAAAGGACAGCAGUGGAAUCGUUGAUUUCGGCGAGUGGCUACAGUUCUACGCCUUCGACGUCAUCUGCGAGCUUACUUUCUCUAAACGAAUGGGAUUUGUCGACCGUGGAGAAGACGUCGGAAAUAUCAUAUCAAGCCUUGAAUGGACGCUGCGAUACGCAGCGGUGAUUGGUCAAAUACCUAUUCUGGACCGUUUUUUCCUGAAGAACCCAGUUCGUAGAUGGAUGAGUUCGCAAGGUUUGAUUCGAGCCUCGCCCGUAGCAGAAUUUGCCAAAGAACGGAUAGCGGAAUCUAAAGCCAAACCCAAAGGUGCUGUCGAUUCAACUGCUGUCGACUCGAUUUCACGCCGCGACUUAUUGUCCCGGUUUCAAGAAGCACAUAAAAAGGACCCAGACUUUAUAGAUCAAGGCCGUGUCCUUGCACUUACCGCUGCCAACAUGAUUGCUGGCUCAGACACUACAGCCAUCUCGCUGAGAGCAAUCUUUUACAAUCUCAUUCGCAACCCUGACAAAUUGGCAAAACUGAGAGCUGAGUUCGAUGAUGCUGAGUCAAAGGGUGCAUUCUGGCAUGGAGAUCCACUCGUAAGAUGGAAUGACGUUCGCGACCUACCAUACUUGAGUGCAGUCAUCAACGAGUCGUUGCGGACUCAUCCGGCUGUGGGUCUGCCUUUGGAGCGCAUUACGCCAGCAGGCGGUCUUCAAAUCUGCGAUACGGUUUUACCGCCAGGAUCAAAUGUUGGCUGCAAUGCGUGGGUGCUUCAUCGCGACACUGCGCUAUGGGGUGCGGAUGCAGACAGCUGGAGGCCAGAGCGAUGGAUUGAAGCGAGUGAGGCGAAGAAAUCGGAAAUGAAGAAUAGCAUGUUUGCUUUCGGAGCGGGCGCGAGAACAUGCAUAGGAAAGAACAUCAGCUACCUGGAGAUGUACAAACUGGUACCUGCAGUAUUGCACAGCUUUGAUAUCGAACUGGCAUACCCCGAGAAGGAGUGGACGCUUUGCAAUGCAUGGUUCGUCAAGCAAAGCGACUUCUUUGUGAAGCUCCGUUCGAGAACAUAGUGACGAUUGUAAAGCCUGCCGCAGUGGAACAAGACGCUCAGGUG